GGGGAAGGAAGGGGAAAGAAGAGAAUAAGGAGAAGGUCUUGCCACUCAACAUUUCUCAGAUGGAGGAUGGGACGUCCCCCGCACCUGAGUCCCAAACUCACUCCAAGAACUCAGCUUCAGAUGACACACAAGUUAUCCCAUUCAGACAAAACCGCUCUGAAUCACUUUCUGAGGACUGAUUAUGUGGAUCCUUAAUCACCAUCAGGUUCUAGAGAUAACUCCCCUAUAGCAUCUCCUGUUCCACAGCCAUGCAGGAACAGGAACUGCAGAGUAAAUUCCAGGUCUUUUAAGGAUUGCAGACCUUCAAGAGCAGAGCCAUUGGAACUGAAGGCUCUGCCAGCCGCCUUUGCUGUGACAACAUCUUCUCAUAGCUCAUGAGGUCUUUGCUAGACCUUUGCCAAGACAACAUCUUCCAUAGCUCAGCCAGCAGGGCCCACUGGUGGCUGUCCAGGGUCCUGAUUUGACUUGCCUUGGCAAUUGCUACGACUUUCUGAGUGAACUACAGCAGAAGAGGAGAGAAAUGGGGAUGUACAUGCAACAUUGCCAUUCUCAUGCCUGAACGUAACACCCUUUCCACAUUCUUAAUCCUUCUGAUGACUUUUCCCACACCACGCCCCCAAAAAACUUGAGUAAUUGAUACUCAAACCAGGGUUACAAGAUGACACUCAAAAAUCCAACUUUGUCUGGUCCCCUGAGAAGACAAAUUGACGGUACACAUUUGGCCUUGAUGAGAGUUAUCUGUUGCCAUUCUGCUUGUGCUCUUAGGUAACUUUCUGUUUCUUUCCUUUCUGUUUCUUUCAACCACAAACACCCCACCCACCCCCCGUUCUCAUUGACCUUCAUCUCUACCACGUAGUGCACCAGAGGGUCUUCCGCAAGGAUGUUCUGUGCACUUGUUCUGUCAUACACAAACUGCAUGACUUUCUCACUUCUGGCACAGUGUUGAUACCCUGGCAUCUAUUGAUACCCUUGUCGCCAUUCUCUGAAAAUGGAGCUUGUGAAUUGCCUGCAUUACUUAGCUGGGUAUUGGUUCCUAAUUUCCUCGUCCCUUUAGCAUUGUCUUGAAACCGAUGUGAUCCUUUGAAUCUGUUGAAAUCCUAGGUUAACAACAGGAAGAAUUAGAGGAACUAUUGGAAAUGACUACGAAAAGCAGUAGAGAUAUGAGAUGAUCAGAACCCUCCGAACUUGAAGCGUGGGAAGUCCCAUUAAAAAAAUUAUAAUUUGGCGGAAUAUUUGAUUAUUUGAUAUGUAUAUGUAUAAUCUGGAAUAUUUAAUGUGAUUGGAUUGGAUUGUUAAAAUGGAAAAUUUAAUAAAAAUGAAUUAAAAAAAAAAAAGAAUCUGUGGAAAUCCUGCACUUCCUCCUUUGCUUUUGCAGUCUUUUCCUGAGGCAUUUGCUUCCUAUCACCCUCAUCAAUCACACCUGUAGUACGAGUUGCAGCAGCAAGCUUCCUGGUGCCCUCCGUGGUCAGAAUGCGCUUGAAAAUGAAGCCAUCCAGAGGCAUGGUUAGAGUUAUAUGCUUGAACGCUGUACUCUUCAGGUCCUUGAAAUAAGCCUUCCUGGAAGCAUUUGCUGGUUAACUCUAGUUCCAGGAACAAUGUUUGGUUUAUUUCUUCUACCAUGAGAGUAAAAGCAUUACCCCUGUACCAGCAGGAAAACAUACUUCAUUGCUUUCUUCUUCUGUCUUCACAUCUUCUUUAGGAUGAAGCCCUCCAAUUCUGUCCAGAAUUAUUGCUUACUUAUCUCCAGUCAGGAUCGGAUUUAGGUUUGAUGAGGACCUAAGCUACUGAAGGUAAUGGGGUCCUUUAUAUGCCCUGCUGUCCUUUGUCAACAACAAAUUGUUACUGUUUUUUUUGUGUUGAAUAUAUGCUAUGUGGUAAUUUAUGGACCUAGUAGGUAUCUAACCAGUGAUAUUUUAGGGAACAGGCUAGCAGGCGGGGUCCAUUACAUACAUCAUAGGAGCCUACACAACACAAAACACUGUUGCUGUAUGUAGGUUUUAUCUUAUUUGUUUUUUAUCUUCUGUUUUGGAAAUGUACAUCCAGGUUUUUUUCCCUUUAAUUUUUUGGGGGGCUCCCAAGAGAGUGAGGCCCUAAGCUAUAGCUUGUUUAGCUUAUACAUAAAUCCGGCAUUGUCUCCAGUGCUCCAGUGUUUACCAAGAAUGCUUCCCUUGUUCUUUUAUCAUAGCAAUGACGUGCACCUGAGAGGUGCCGGAACUGAGUUCUGGUGAAUUCCAGCUGAAAAAAAGCCCUGCUUAUCUCACAAUUUGUUGGCAUGCCUAUCUCCUUGCCCUCUCCCUCAGUUUACUCACGCCAACAGUGAUGAUUUUUCAGCAGUGACGUCACAUUUCUUAUACCAUGUGCUUUCACAACCAGCGCCUUGCUUCUUCAGUAGAAGUGUCAAGUUAGGUGACGCUGCCCUCAAAGACGAGGUCAUUUUGCCUUCAGGUUCACCAGGUGUGCAAUGUCAUUCCUGAUGUUGCAAUCAGGCAAAUUUGGCAAUCCCUGGUUUUCAUUCAAAACCUUAUCACACUCGUUUGGGUAUUCUGACAGGAAUGGAAACUUUGUGAAUGUCUGGAUGCAUGCUGACAUGAGAGCUGGGGACAUGUUUACAACAACCAUCUUAGGUCGUUGUGAGCCAUCGUGGUGCUGCAUUCCCAGCCAAUAUUAUUUUCUAUUUAUUUUAUUACUUAUUAAAUUUAUAUACCACCCUAUACCUGCAGGUCUCAGGGCGGUUCAUGGGAUAAAAUGCAAAAAGCAAUGUUUUGUCUUCUCUGUGUCGUGUUAUUCAGACAGCACUCUGCACGCUGGAUAGAUUUUUCUGGUGUCUGAAUUUCAAACGGCAUUAUACAGAAGUAUCUGCCCAAAUUUUUCUCCCUUGCCACCCCUAUCAAUCCAAUAAACACACAAGACGUAACCAGCUGCACUUUUGAACAAACAAGGUACAGUAUUCAUUGUAUCAAAUUGUAGAUUUCAACAGAAUCCUUUCACAGAGUCUAAAACAAGUCUAAAACAAGGAUUUCCAGAAUAUUAGCCUUGUUUCGCCAUCCUAGGCUUCCUCAGUAGUACUUAGUACUACUCUAAGUAAUGCAAAUAAACACAAUAUCGUAAUCUCACACAUAGGGACGCAGGUGGCGCUGUGGGUUAAACCACAGAGCCUAGCCUUGCCGGUCAGAAGGUCGGCGGUUCAAAUCCCCACAAUGGGGUGAGCUCCUGUUGCUCAGUCCCUGCUCCUGCCAACCUAACAGUUCGAAAGCAUGUCAAAGUGCAAGUAGAUAAAUAGGCACCACUCUGGUGGGAAGGUAAACGGCAUUUCCGUGCGCUGCUCUGGUUCGCCAGAAGCGGCUUAGUCAUGCUGGCCACAUGACCCGGAAGCUGUAUGCCGGCCCCCUUGGCCAAUAAAGCAAGAUGAGCGCCGCAACCCCAGAGACGGUCACGAUUGGACCUAAUGGUCAGGGGUCCCUUUACCUUUACCAAAUCUCACACAUUUUUCCAGUGAAAAUAAUAUACAAAAACCAUAAACAACUGUACAUACCAUAUGUAAUGUUACAGGAUAGUGGAUCUUAUAGCAUAGUAGUGGUUGCAGUAAGCAACAUCUGCUACAAAGCAGGAUUACUAUCUUGUAAAAUUACAUAUGGUAUGUACAGUUGUUUAUGGUUUAUCAUUUUCACUGGGAAAAUGUGUGAGAUUACGAUAUUGUAUUUAUUUGCAUUACUUAGAGCCUAUACUACUGAGGAAGCCUAGGAUGGCAAAACAAGGCUAAUAUUCUGGAAAUCCUUGUCUUAGACUCUGUGAAAGGAUUCUGUGGAACUGUAACAACUCUUCAUGUGAAUUAUUGGACUCUAUGAACAGACAGGUGGAAUAGACACUUAUACAUGUAUGGACCUAAUGCAUGAACUGACUAUAGAACGAACUGAUCCACUGGGUCUUCUACCUUUUUCAUUGAACUUUAUGAGACUUCUGUUGAAAUCUAUAAUUUGAUACAAUGAAUAGUGUACCUUGUUUGUUCAAAAGUGCAGCCAGUUAUGUCUUGUGUGUUUAUUGAGUAUGUUUCACGUAACCAGAGGUUUGUUGUUGUUUUACCCCUAUCAACUCUGCUAACCAAUCUUCCUGUGGCAUCAAUGCUCAGACUUGGAAUCUUGGUAGUGCCCAAGUAUUGCUGGUAAACCUUGAGGUGUGCAGAGCUGUGUCACAUGAUUACACACAGGUAAUCAUAUGACACCUGCUGUAUCAUACCCUGGUAUGGUUAUGUGUCCAGUAGCAAGUACAGCAUCUUCAUGCAGGUAAGUUCCCUUCAUAGCUUUGCACUUUGUCACUUGCAGGACAUUUGUAGAAGACAGUUGACUAGGUUCAUAAUCACCAAACAUCAUCGGACAAGGUUGGGUUUGGGGUAUACUUAUGGCCCCCAGUUUGAGUGUCAAUUACCAGUAUUCAGUUGGGGAGGGCAGAACAAAAUGUGGGGUUUGUGGUGCAAAACUAGCACAAAACUUUGGCAUCGGUUUGAAGGGGAUCCAAAAUUUCAGGGUCACACGUUAAUGAAGCUCAGCAACCUGAUCUCACAGUUGCGAACUUGUAGGGAACCUGCAAGCAAGACCCAAGCACACAAAAGUCCUCUCCCUUCCUGUAGUUCCCCAUAACUGGUAUUCAGAACUGUGGAGUCAACUCUAGCCAUUAUGGCUAGUGGCUAUCCAUAGCCUUAUCCUCCCUUCAUGAAAUUGCUCAGUCCAUCUACGUUGUCGGCCAUCGCUUUUAAAGCUGCGCUCAACUGUGAUGAUAGCAAAAUGUCUGACCAGCAGAGUACCUUUCUUCUUCUUCUUAAGAAAACUGCAUGGGAGGAGAUGUGAGUUAUUACAGUUUAAAAAGAAGCAUAUGGGCAAUUACAUGGAAAUUAUGAAAGAGAAUCUGAAAAUUAUUUACAGGGAAGCCCUAACAAGAAUAACCAAGAAUAACCUCUGUAUAACAAUCCCUAACGGGGUGGAGUUAACAGUCCCUAAUGGGGCGGAGUGUGUGUGUGUGUAUAUAUAUAUAUUCACCCUUGAUCACCAAGCAGAAGUUAUCUGCAGCCUCUGAAAUUUUCCCUGCCAUAACCAGAAAAGGUAAGUAGAGAGAGUGGGGGGAAAGAGAGAGAGAAAGAGAGAGAGAGAGAGAGAGAGAGAGAGAGAGAGAGAACAGACACAGCUCCAGAUUGUGAAGUUGCCCUAGUGAGCAGGAGAGGCUGCCACAUCGUGGCUUCUUCUAUCAAGAAGCCAAUUGUUGCUGGUGUUACUUACUCAUACAGUGGUACCUUGGGUUACAGACGCUUCAGGUUACAGACUCCGCUAGCCCAGAAAUAGUAUCUCGGGUUAAGAACUUUGCUUCAGGAUGAGAACAGAAAUUGUGCAGUGGCAGCGCAGCAGCAGCAGGAGGCCCCAUUAGCCAUAGCUGUCAACCUUCCCUUUUUUGCAGGAAAUUCCCUUAUUCCAGCUCCAUUUCCCACUGCUUCCCACUGCUACCCCAGAUUGUUAGAUAUCCCGUCGACUUUCCCCGGAUAGGUGAAGUUGCUGAUCCCUUAUUUUCAAAUCUGAAAGUUGACAGCUAUGCCAUUAGCUAAAGUGGUGCUUCAGGUUAAGAACAGUUUCAGGUUAAGAGCGGACCUCCAGAAUGAAUUAACUUCUUAACCCGAGGUACCACUGUACAAGUAACACCUGCUAUUUGGGAAUGACUUUGCUGCCUUUGUUUUGUUUGUUCAUCACUGCUCCUGUAAAAGGAAUGUCAGAUCGAGAGGUUUAAAUUUCUUUUUCAGGGCCACACAUGGCAAAUACGACUCUGUCUGCAGUGGUGGCAUUGCUACUGACAUGUGGUGAGUAUGGGGGGGGGGAAUCCAUGUACUUAAAUUUUAGUCUCUCCCUUACGUCACUCCACUCAGAUCAAUGGCAAGCACACAGAUAGAGAAACUUAAGAAGCUGUCCUUACGCUGUUGAGUCAGACUUGCAAAGCACCCCCCCACCGGGUUUCAGAUAAUGGUAUGCCCCAAACCUACCUGGAGGUUGAAGCUGGGACGUUCUACAGGCAAAGCAGGUGUUCUGCCCCUGAGCUAGGGAUGCACUUGAAGCUGUCCAUGUUCCAUCUAAUACCCUGUUGUCCACGCCAAUGUUCUUCCACCUUGUGUCCUCAGGUGUUGCUGGACUACAACUCCCAUCAUUCCCAGACAGCUUAAGCCAAUGAUCAGGGAUGAUGGGCGUUGUAGUGUUGGUGGCAAGGAUAAUAAAGGUAUAAAAAAUUGGGUGCCAAGAUCCAGGUUUGAUGAGGGAACCCCAGCAGAGAUUUAAAAUCACAAAAUAUGCAGCAAAUAAAGCAUGGAAAUAUAGGCUGUUGGACCUUUAAAAGAUGCCCUUGUGAGUUCCAAAAUGUCCUUCUUCCCACAGCAGAGGAAUAGAUUGCACACUUGGUAAGUUAAAAAUGGUUUUACUUACAAACUCUUCAAAGCUUAGGUUCAUGUGUUUUUCCAUGUAUCAGUCAGAAAGGUAGCACAGGCAGUAAGACUUGGCUUAUUUGCAAAGUGGUGAAAGUUCCUAAAUUGUUUGGUAUAGAAACUCAGGAAUGGCUGAUGAGAGCCAUGCGGUUUGAGCUGGAGCAACCAGCUUAGAACCUCUUAACAUGUUGAGCUUCUCAGGUAGUCUGAGGUCCAACUAUGAAAGACAACACUUUAUGUUGGGAUAUAGAUAGAUAGAUAGAUAGAUGACAGACAGACAGACAGACAGACAGACAGAAAGACAGAUAUACAUAGGUCCUCCCAACUGAUUCCUUUAUAUUUUUAAAAGUUCUUCUCCUUCAGCCUCCUUUACCAAACCAGAGACUUCCAUGUUUGCUUUGCAAAUACCCUAGUGAUUUGAGGUUUCCCCCCUCUAACUGUUUUCAAGGUGCAAUUGGAGUAGAUGGCAGUCUCAUCCAACUUGCUGAGAUGAUCAAACAAAUGACUGGAAAAAAUGCCAUACCAGAUUACAUGGCCUAUGGGUGUUAUUGUGAAUGGGGAGGCAGCGGCAUGCCAAAGGAUCAAACUGACUGGUAAGCUAAUAAAUAGUCCACAUGAACCUUCAGGAAACAUCAGGAUAUGCUUCCUACAAGCCAGACCGUCGGUCCAUUGACCCAACCUCUGUGGCUCUCCAGGGUUUCAGGCAGAAGUCUAGGCCAGACCUAAUUGGAGAUGUCAGGAUUUGAACCUGGGACCUUUUACAUACAGAGCAUGUGCUAUUCCACCAAGCUGUGGCCCAGAGUGGCUUAACCACCAACCCCACUUCCAAGGGAACUUUGGGAAUUGUCAUUUUUUUAAAAAAGGGAUAGCGACUGCCUAACAACUCUCAGCCUCCUUAGCAAACUAUACCUCCCAGGAUGCUUGGGGGGGGAGGGGGAGUCAUGACUCUUUAAAGUGGUAUGAUACUACACGGGUGGUGCUGUGGGUUAAACCACAGAGCCUAGGACUUGCUGAUCAGAAGAUUGGCGGUUCGAAUCCCCAUGACAGGGUGAGCUCCCGUUGCUCAGUCCCUGCUCCUGCCAACCUAGCAGUUCAAAAGCACCUCACAGUGCAAGUAGAUGAAUAGGUACUGCUCUGGCGGGAAGGUAAACGGUGUUUCCGUGCGCUGCUCUGGUUCACCAGAAGCGGCUUAGUCAUGCUGGCCACAUGACCCGGAAGCUGUACGCCGGCUCCCUCAGCCAAUAAAGCGCCGCAACCCCAGACUCGGCCACGACUGGACCUAAUGGUCAGGGGUUCCUUUACCUUUACCUUUUACAGAUGGAGCCACAUGGGAGCAUCCCUGCUGCCCUGCCUACCUGCAACUCACUUUUCCUUUCAGGGGUGUGGCCCUCCAAGCCCCUCUUUCUGGCCCUGAGGACUCUCCCCAGGCCCAGGCCCUCCUUGAGUUAUUUUGCCUGGCUGGAACAUGUCCUUGAACUGAUAAAUGUCUCCUGCUUUGCUUGGAUGGAGGCUGGAGGGAUGUGAAUGGGAGUGUGGGAACCGUUAUCUUUUGCACAGCUGAAAGGAAGCCUUUCUGUACAAGGAGAAGAGUCGCAUCCUUUGCCCCAGCUGCUUUUCCUUCUGGCCCCACCCACCACUGGCAUGUGGCCCUUGGAAAGUUUCCCAUGGCUCUCAGGAAAUGAAAAGGGUUACCUGCCCUUGUUUUACACUGUUUCACUUUGCUCUUAUUCCCCCCGCCCUCAGGUGCUGUCGUAACCAUGACUGUUGCUACAAGAGAGUGGAUGAGCAGGGAUGUGACUCCAAACUUGCCACCUAUUCUUACACCUACAAGUCAGGGGACAUCAUCUGUGGUGAGCUGACCUUUUGCAGAGCGAAACCAAUGCCUUCGGGUGGACGUUUUGCCCCACCUGCUCCACCCCACUGUCCAUAUCUCUUGCUCAACGGGUCCCAAGAGCCCAACAACCGGCUGGCUACCGGGUGCUUGGGAACUGUAGUGCAAGGGGCAUUGCUUUGGGAAGCGCCAAGCACAGGACUGACAAGGUGCUUCUUUCUCACCUCCCCAAACAACCCUGCCCCCUCAUCAUCAGCUGACGAUGGUGGGUGUGAAACCCUCUUGCGUCGGCCGCAUGCACCUGUCUCCUCUUCUGCACAGCCAACUCAGAAUUCACCCUCCCCCUUAUGCCUAUCAGGUGGCUGUGGUUUGGGGUAAAUGGCCUUGAUAAUCAAACUGGACACACACACUCUCCACCCACUGUAUGGUGGGCCCUGAGAUUGAGAUGAUGAUGAUGAUGAUGAUGAUGAUGAUAAAAUUAUUUAGAACCCGCCCUCCCCAGCCGAAGCCGGGCUCAGAGCGGCUAACAACAGUAAAAUAAUACAGCAUUCUAAAAUCAAUUCAUUAUAAAAUCAUUUCAAAUCAAAUUGAUGGCAACCAUUGGGCUAGAGUUCUGUGAAGAAAUUACCAAAGGAGGGGGGUCAGGCUGUGCCCUGACCAAAGGCUUGGUGGAACAGCUCUGUCUUGCAGGCCCUGCAGAAAGAUGUCAAGUCCCACAGGGCCCUAGUCUCUUGUGACAGAGCAUUCCACCAUAUCAGUGGACAAGUCUUGCCGAAGCAGAGCCAGCAUGGCUUCUGAAAGUCCUGCCUCACUAACCUCUUGAUGUUCUUUGAGAGGGUCUACAAGGACAUAGGCAGAGGUGACCCAGCUUCCCCAGAGCAACGCUAUGCCGGGGCACGGUAGGAAUUAAGAGAGCGCCUAGGCUCAGCUGUCUGGUGAUGCUGCCACACUCACCACCAGAUAAGUCCACUAGAGGACCACCAAUUGAUAAUGGAGGCCCACCAGGUCCAUUGAGGACCAACUCCAUAUCAGCAGUGGCAUCGCAAGGGGGGGCGGUCCACCCUGGCUGCCAUGUCUGGGGGGGGGGUUUGACAAGACGGCACCCUGUGGGAUGCUCACCCCACCCAACCCCGGGCGCAGCGGUGGAAGCAGCCAUCGCCCCACCACAGCUGCAUGUGGAGGAUCUUCCGUUCGCGGCUUCAGCUGUGAGCAGAGGAUCCUGCCACUGCCCGUAUGGUGCUCAAGCAGUGCCAGUGGCAAACCGCUAUGUACAACACAUGCGCAGUGUCGCAUGCAUGUGCUGUACAUAGCAACACCGGACAUGCGCUGUACAUAGCGGUUUGCCGGCGGCGGUGCUCAAGCACCAUACGGACGGCAGUGGGAUCCCUCCUCCGCCACAGCAGCUGCGAGCAGAGGAUCCUGACACCGUCCAUACGGCACUUGAGUGGCGCCAGCAGCAAACUGCUACGUACAAUGCAUGUGCGGUGUUGCACGCAUGCACUGUACGUAGCACCGCGCACAUGCGCCCUACGUAGCGACGCCACACAUGCAUCGUACGUAGCGGUGCAACACAUGUGCAGCCGGCGGUUUGCCCCGCCCUGGGUGUCGGUUAGCCUUUGUUCGCCCCUGCAUAUCGGGGAAGAGGGGAGAAAGACAACUCACGUUUGUGGAAUGCUCUCUUCACUUCAUCCUUUUUAUUCGACCGUCAGUCAGAAAAAAGUACAUUUUGUCAAUACACAGUUAAAAAUAUCCAAGAAAAUUUUAAAAUUUUUUAGCCAACACUAAAAUGGGCUAAACAGAUAGCCCCAUAUCAAUACAGUCAAUUAUAGUCUUACGACGCUUAAAAGCUAAAAAGAGAAAUUUGGCCACCAAGGAAGGUAUAGCUCUAGUGGCGUUGUUCAGCAAGUGUAAAACCUGGUUUUCUCCGGGUAGGAAGCUGAAUUGACAUAAGAGUGGGUCUAUAAAAUUUUGUCUAAGCUCUGCAUAAGAAAGGCAAGUCAAGAGAAUGUGUUCGGUGGACUCAAUCACACCCAUGGCACAAUGACAGGUUCUCUGGGCGUAUGGUACUCCCCUGUACCUUCCCCACAAUAUCGCAGAGUCAAGGACAUUUAAUCUAGCCACUGUAAGAAGUCUGCGGUAUUCCACAUAGUGGAUUUCUGCAAGGUAGGGGGCUGGUAUGGUCCGAUAAAUCUGGUCCCCUAGGAACAUCCCUGGUUUUACCUGGGCUAUGUCCUCUUGUCUGGCAAUGUCACUCAGUCUCCGGGAGAUCACAGCUCUAGCUUGAUUGUACGUCAUAGACUCAAAGUAAAGGAGAGACAAUCCGCAGGAUUGAACCUCAUUAAUGACCUUCCUUUCCCACGAUGAUUGGAAAUCGUCCCUCAAUAUCAAGGGGGCAAUACCCACUGGUUUAAAACAAAGCUUGAGCCAUAGCCAGAGCUCUCCCCAGGAAGGUUCACCUGGUGCCUUCAUUAUACACCUUUAGGCGCCGGGUGAAAACAUUCCUCUUUAACGAGACCUUUGGCUGAUUGACAUACGAUGCCCUUUCAAAAUGUGUUGUGGAAGCAGGGGUUAUUGGGUUGUCUUUGUUUUGUAUUUUCUGUUUUUCAUAUUGUGGUUUUAUGCUGUGAACCGUUCUGAGACCUUCGGGCAUAGGGCAGGAUACAAAUUAUAAUAACAAGUACUACUACUUCUGGCUGGCUUAAGAGACUGUGAGUUACAGACUCCCUCUCUCUCUCCUGCCCCCAGCCAUCACCUUAAUUCCAGAAUUUCUUUCUUAGCCCAAAAUACUAUCUUGUUGUGUUUUCAGGAAACGAACCCUGGUAUUGGGCAAUGAUUCCGGGUACUUCAAUCCAGUGUGAGUGCCUGACCUGUGAAUGUGACCAAAAGUUUGUGCAGUGCCUGAAAAAGAACUUAAAGACGUACCAGAAGAUGUACACCUAUUUUCCCAACUUUUUGUGCUUUGGCCACCCUCCUCUGUGUCCUGUUGAGCCAAGAAUGAGGUGGAGUAGGGAGACAGUAGGGGGAGGGAGUUUGCAUGGGAUACAAAAUUCAGUUCCAGCAGACAGAAAUACAGCUGCAACAUCGAAAAGCUCCCUUCUUUCACCUUUGCAACGCUUUUCUCCAGCCAAAAAAACCAUAUACGAGUUCUGCUCGCCACUUUCCUGCAUGAAGCGAAAAUGUUUCUCUUCAACCAGGCCUUGGGCUGAUUAAUAUUCUACAGCCUUUUGAAUGUGUCUGUGGCAAGGGCGGGGUUGUUGUUUUCCCAUUUUGUUUUACUUAUUUAGCUGUUUUUAUCCUGUAUUUUAUUCUGUGAACUGCACUGAGAUCUUAUGAUGAAGGGUGGU